UUUGUUACACAGGCAAGUAAGUGACCGAGUAGAGUGAGUUCUAUCUGUCUAGUUAUAUUCAAGUAGUGAAACAAAGAUGGUGCACAAAAUGAGAGCUUAUCUUGCAGCUUUGUUGGUCGUUCUCCUUGCUUCAAAUGCUUUCCUAGGUGUUGUUGAUGCUGCAGGGGAGUGUGGGAAAACUCCGAUUAGCUCUGCCGCCGCUAGCUUGAGUCCUUGCUUGACCGCAGCGGGGAACGCUAAAGCUAGUGUGCCUCCCGCUUGCUGCGCCAAAGUUGUUGCCUUGAUUAAAACUACUCCGAAAUGUCUUUGUGCUGUUUUGUUGUCACCUUUGACCAAGCAAGCUGGAAUCAAGCCAGGAAUUGCUAUCACAAUUCCAAAGCGAUGUAACAUUAAGAACAGACCCGCUGGAAAGAAGUGUGGAAGUUACACAGUCCCAUGAAACUCCAAUGGACGACAGAGGAGAAUAAAGCAAAGAAAAAGAAAAAAAAAAUCCCAUUCCAUGUGAGAGUAGAGAGAGUGUGUGUUAAAUAAGAGUUGCCAUUUAGGGUCCUGUUGUGCUUCAUAAUUGACCCAUUAAGGCAGCAGUGAUUUUAUAUAAUGUUGUGACAUCUUGUCAAUGCUUUGCUGUGCUAAUAAAGAAGUUUAUUUCUAUGCCUUA